AUGACUAUUCUUACUGGUAAGCCGCUUUCGCUGGCCAUCACUGCCACGGCGGGGAGUGGUUUCUUGCUGUUUGGCUAUGAUCAAGGUGUCAUGUCAGGUCUUUUGACUGGCAAUGCGUUCACUCGAACAUUCCCCGAGAUCGACACCACCUCGACAGGACAUGGCAGUUCUUCGCUGCAGGGCACGGUGGUCGCUAUCUACGAGAUCGGCUGCUUCUUGGGCGCCCUCGUUGCGCUGUUCGCGGGCGAGAAGAUAGGCCGGCGGAUGUGUAUCGUCGCUGGCUCUAUCAUUCUUAGUAUUGGUGCGGCUAUCCAGUGCAGUGCAUACGGUAUCCCGCAAUUGAUCGUGGGUCGUAUUGUGGCUGGCAUCGGUAAUGGUCUCAACACUAGUACAAUCCCGGUGUGGCAUUCGGAGUUGAGCAAGGCGUCUAGUCGAGGGAAAGGGCUGGCAAUAGAGCUCACUAUUAACAUCUUUGGCGUAAUGACGGCCUACUGGGUUGAUUACGGGAUGAGUUAUGUGGAUAAUGAAGCCCAGUUUCGGUUUCCGAUCGCUUUGCAGAUUCUCUUUGCUGUCGUCACCCUCUUUGGGAUCCUUCUCUUACCGGAGUCUCCUCGUUGGGCCAAUGCGGAUCAGAUUUCCGAAACCGACACCGUGGUCACUGUGGAAGUGGCAGAAAUCUCUCGUGCGACCGCGGAGGAACAGGCAGCGUCCCAGGAAGGAUCUUUUGGUAUGAUCUUCAGCAAUGGGCCACAGAAGUUCUUUUACCGAACUCUACUCGGAAUGGGCGGGCAGUUCAUGCAACAGAUGUCGGGUGUCAAUCUGAUCACAUAUUACAACACGGUGAUCUUCGAGAACUCGGUUGGCAUGAGCCACAACCUGGCUUUACUGAUGGCUGGAUUCAACGGCGUGGCGUACUUUGUCUCCACGUUUGUUCCCGUGUGGACCAUCGAUCGACUGGGUCGUCGGAAGCUCAUGCUUUUUGCAGCAGCCGGGCAAUGUGGCUGCAUGGCUAUUUUGGCUGGCACUGUUUACGACGGCGGCCAUGCGGCUGGUAUUGUGGCUACGAUCAUGCUGUUUCUUUUCAACUUCUUCUUCGCUGUAGGCCUACUUGCUAUUCCUUGGCUAUUGCCUGCUGAAUAUGCCCCGCUUGCCAUUCGAAGUAAAGCGGCCGCCAUGGCCACUGCCACCAAUUGGAUCUUCACUUUCCUUGUUGUGGAAAUCACUCCCGUCAGUAUCGACAACAUUGGCUAUCGCACAUACAUUUACUUCGCAGUGUUCAACUUCUGCUUCCUGCCUCUGAUCUACUUCUUCUACCCAGAGACUCGCAAACUCUCCCUGGAGCAAGUAGAUCUGCUCUUCACUGGAGAGAAGGUGCGGCUUCACUGGCACCCAUCGAUGGGCGCAGCAGGAAGUGUCAUAGUUGAAGAAAGAGACCUGGGAACGACUCGUGUCGGGACGCACAUCCCAAACAGGCAGUUGCAGUCCGGGGAAAUUCACCCCGGUUUUUUCUCUGUUCCCCACGCGGGCGGCGGUUAUCUCUUCCAAUUUAGGAAAUUUUCUCUUCUCAAGUCUUCUAUUCCCCGCAGUGUUCGUUUCUCCGGCCACUUCUCCAUCAUACCUCCAUCUUAUCCCCCAGAUUUUUGUUUCUUCCUUUCGAAGAUGACGGAGGAGUCAGAAUCUGAUCUGUGCCACAACAUGCGUACUACCCCUGAUGCAUCCCGUCUGCCCCCGCGCAAGCGCACUAGGACUGGCUGUCUCAAUUGCAGCCAUCGCCGCCGGAAAUCAAGGAUUGUCGAGCUGACCGUUCUAGGCGAUGAAGCAAAACCGAUAUGCACGGGCUGCAAACGUCGGGGCGACACGUGCGAAUGGCGCCGACUGGGUUCGUUCCGUGAGGCCAACCUCAAAGUCCUUGAGCCGGAGCAUCCUUCCAUGAACCAAACCACCAGUCGCGCAUCUCGUCAGAGUAGAUUCAAGAUCUUGAGUGUGGUUCCCGCUCGAUCUGCCAAACGAAACUCGCUCAAGCAAUCUCGGCAGGGAGUUGAGCGCGCAUCGUCACCGCUCCAAUCGGAGAAUGACAAGAAUAACGGGACAGAUGAGGCGAGGCCUGUGCUUAGUUCUCCCUUACAGGGCACCCAAAAUAAUCUCCCGCAUCUUAGCCCGCGCUGCGCCGAGAGACUCUCACCACUAUCGCAUCAGAGCUUUCAGCACCCAGGCGGGCUGGAUCUUCUUGCGUCUGCCUUAGAAGGGGAGCACGCAGUACAUCGCUCUCCAGAUGCGCCAUCAUAUCAGCCGUACAUGCAUUCGAGUCCCGAGUUUGUUGUCGAUGAAUUAGCUGCUCCUCGCAACCUUUCUGGGAACGCCGGGCAGCUCCCUCACUCUGCGUCAGACGUCUAUCAGACCAUACCUUCGCCAAUAUUUGACCAUAGUGUGUUCUCUGACACAGUCAGCUUUACCAACGAUGUGUUUGUCCCGGGAUCUGCUUAUGAGGCUCUACAUACUACUCUCCGCAACAGACAGCUCUGGACUGCUCGACCUGAUAUGCCAAGCCGGGGUAGCUCCCCUGAAGUUGUACCGGAACACGACAGUACAUUACCAUUAGGCCGUGUGGGGACAGAGUCUCACGGUACGUCUCACUCAAGAACAGGGCGGGAGUUUGAUCUCCUUCCCGAACGGGAGACUGUCCUGUGGCAGAAUUAUCUAAACGAGAUAUGCCUUUGGCUUGACAUGUUUGAUAAUCAUCGCCACUUCGCUUCGACUUUCCCGCAGAUGGCCAAAUCAGCGCCUCAUCUUCGUUACUCGAUUCUUGCCUUAUCGGCGCGGCAGAUGGAGCGGAAGCAGAACAAGAAGUCUCAAUCGGAGAGUCUGUCGUUGUACCAAGAAGCUAUUCACCUGCUACUUCCGGAACUUGAAAGCAAGAGUACUCCUGUCAUUGCAUCCUGCGUGAUUCUUCGCGUUUUGGAGAUGCUAAGCUGUAACCCCAAAGAAUGGAGACGCCAUCUUGAUGGCUGCGCAUAUUUGAUUCAGGCCGCUGAGAUCAAUGGGUUCUCAGGGAAGGAAGAACAGGCGCUCUUCUGGUGCUUUGCGAGGAUGGACGUUUGCGGUUGUCUCAUCUCGGAGGAAGAAACCAUAAUUCCCAUCCAUCACUGGAUUCCUCGCGACAUGACGCCUGCUGAAGCCGCGCAGCUUUUCCUGGCAUCGAACGUAUAUGCAUUUGAUACAUAUGCCAACUACACUGUUUUCCUGUGCGCACAGACACUGGGCGUAUUGGUCGGUUCCGCUAGACUUCCCACCUACUACCACGGAGUUCUGGAAGAUGGCCACUCCUAUGUUGACCGCUGGCAACAGCUCUUGCAUGAUGUGGAACAGUGGUACCAGUGUCGUCCUAGUCAAAUGAAGCCAAUCUUUAGUGUCUCGACCACGACUGCUGGGUCAGGCAACGAAAAGCCAUUUCCGACCGUGUUGUAUGGAAAUGGCGCUGCUAUAUCCGGAAACCAACUCUAUCACGCCUGCGCUCUCCUUCUGCUUCAAGGAAAGCCUAAAACUCUUCCAUUGCAGCGACGUCGAACGAUCUGCGCAAUCUCAGCUUCGAAUACUCAUCACGGCUGUUGGACCAACGCAUUGCAACCGCUCUGGCUGGCUGGCAAAGUCAUGUCUCAUCAUUCCGAACAUGCCGCUAUUAUCCAAACUCUGACACGAAUCGAGAAGGAAACGGGAUGGGCAACCAGCUGGCGGGCAGAAGAUCUCCGCGAGUUCUGGGGGGAUGACGAGGAAGCGGAGGAGAUGGAGGAGAACAUGCGAGUGGACAUGGAGCGAGAUACUAAUCUUCAGACUCCGCCUAGUAUCCGAGGCAGCAUACAUUCGCAUUCAACCUCAUGA